GGCCAAGACCCAACUCUUUGUUUUCCACCGGGAAACACUGCAAGCGGCUAAAAGGAAAAAGAAAAAGAAGCAAACAAAGAUAAUUUCAUUAGAAAAGCAAAGCAAAACCAGAGUGAGAAAUGGAGGACGCAAAGGCAAUGGCUCAUCAGCAGCAGCAAUUUCUCUUACAGCAACAGCAGCAGCAACAUCAGCAGCAACAUCAACAGCAUCAUCAACAUCAACAACAGCAACAGCAACAAUUUCUUCUCUUACAGCAACUUCAAAAACAAGCCCAACAACAGCAGCAGCAGCAGCAACAGCAACAAGCAAUAUCUCGUUUCCCAUCAAACAUAGAUGCCCAUUUACGUACUACUCCUGGUGUUCUUCAUCACCGUCCAAUUAACAUCCAACAAAACCCUAAUUCUAGCCCUAACCCUAACCCUAAUUCCACUCCUAAUUUACAACAACAGCAGCAGCAGCAGCAACCACAACAACAGCAACAGCCACAGCAGCAACAACAGCAGCAGCAGCAGCAACAACAGCAACAGCAGAAGCAGAUCCGACCAUUGAAUCAAGCGGAGCUCCAAAUGGCUUAUCAGGAUGCCUGGCGUGUUUGCCACCCGGAUUUUAAGCGGCCCUUUUCGUCCCUUGAAGAUGCCUGUGAGAGGUUUGUCUGGAAAUUCUUUUUGUUUUCUUGCUUGUUUAGAAAAUGAGCAAAAGAUAGGAUUUUUAUUGGAAAUAGAAUUAUGGGUUUUUGUUAAUUAUUUAGGUGUUUUGCGUGUGACUGGCGUGAAAAUGGGAAAAGAUGGGAUAUGUUGGAAGCCUAAUAACGGGUUUUUCUUAAAUCUUCAGUUUCUUUUUUUCCUUUUUUUCUUCUCUUUUUUGGUCCAGAGAAUGUGAAAAGACUGGGAUUUUGAAUAAUGGAUUUUUUAAUUAUUUUAUAGAAUUUUGGCUCGUAUGUGUAGCAUUCUAAAUUAAUUUAUGUAUAAAUUUAUGCUAUUUUCUAGUUGAAAGUUGAAACUUGUAUUCCUGCAGUUGAAUUGUGAGAAUUUGGGCAGGUUUGUAAUGUAAUGAUGAUAUAUUGUUGUAUCUGCUAGAGAAAUUAGGAUUGUAAUAUUUGUGACUGGCAUAAGUUUCUAAGUAGUGCUAGGAUUGUAGGACUGUUUACAAAGAUUUAGGGACUUGGUUAUGUUAGACAACUGAAAGCAAUUUUGACAUCGUGAGAUCUGAUUGUAAAUGAGAUUUCCAGCAACUGUGGGAAUUAAAUGGAUGAUUGAGCUUAAUGUCGGUUUGAUUCAUGGAGUCAGUUUUUGUUUUGUCUAAUUCUUCCAAGAUUGAGGAGGAUAUAUGUACAAGAGUAUAUUAUAUCACAUUGUGCUUUGGAAAUUUAUUGGAAUUCAUAUGCAUAAGACGGAAAAUUUUGCUAAUGUGUUGCGACACAUGGCAAUUUGUUGGAAACAAAGGGUGGGAGUCAUCCACAGGUGGCUGGCAAAUACUUGAGAAGGUCACUUUUGGAUGGUUUCCCUGCAAAUAGGGGAUAAGAUCAGAUAGAAACUUA